AGUCAGAACUCAGAUCAACUCCUCUACCGAAGCUAAACUCUAGCUUUCACCAAGAAAGACUGUGACCGGAGCAGCAGAGACACGCUACGAGACAAGAGAUCAACUUGAUCAGAAACGGUUUCUCAAGCUCAAACUCUAAGACUAAAGGAAAACUUUCUCAACAAGACUUAAGGAAAAACUAGAAUCUAUUUCUACAAGGAAGAAAAGAUGUCUGCUGGAAUGAAGAAAAUGAUUUUGCUGCCUUUCCUGAGCAUCAUGCUCUCAUACAUGGCUGCAGGUCAGGAGUGUAGCAACCAGUGUUCGUGCCCCUCCACUCCCCCUCAGUGCCCCCCAGGAGUGAGCCUGGUGCUGGAUGGCUGUGGCUGCUGCAGGGUGUGUGCCAAACAGAUGGGGGAGCUCUGCACUGAGAAAGACUUCUGUGACCCACACAAAGGCCUCUACUGUGACUUCGGAGCCCCCGUCAACAGACGCAUAGGAGUGUGCACAGCUCGAGAGGGAGCCACAUGUGUUUUCGGAGGCAUGAUGUACAAGAGCGGGGAGUCUUUCCAGAGCAGCUGCAAGUACCAGUGUACCUGUCUGGAUGGAGCCGUUGGCUGUGUCCCUCUUUGUUCCAUGGACAUCAGACUGCCCAGCCCAGACUGCCCCAUGCCGAGACGUGUCAAGGUGCCAGGGAAGUGCUGCGAGGAGUGGGAGUGUGACAGACACAGUUUCAUGGGCUCUGCUUUGGCCGCCUACAGAGAGGAGGAGACCUAUGGCCCAGAUCCCUCCCUGAUGAGGGAGAAUUGCCUGGUUCAGACUACUGAAUGGAGCGCAUGCUCUAAGACUUGUGGCCUUGGGAUCUCCACCAGGGUCACCAAUGAUAACCGUGAAUGCCGCCUGGAGAAACAGACCCGGUUGUGUAUGGUGCGACCAUGCGAGUCACAGCUGGAGCAGAGCAUUAGGAAAGGAAAAAAGUGCAUCCGUACUCCCAGACUCUCAAAGCCCAUGAAGUUCGAGAUCUCUGGCUGCACUACCACCAAGUCCUAUAGGCCAAAGUUCUGCGGCGUCUGCCUGGAUGGACGCUGCUGCACCCCCCACAGAACCACCACCCUGCCCAUGGAGUUCAAAUGCCCCGACGGACAGGUGAUGAAGAAGCACAUGAUGUUCAUCAAGUCCUGCGCCUGUCACCAUAACUGCCCCGGGGAGAACGACAUCUUCGAGUCCAUGUAUUACAAGAAGAUGAUGGGAGACAUGGCGUGAGCCACUGAAGGACGAUCACAGCUUAUGACUUGAAAACAAACAGAACUCCAUCUCAUUUUGCAGCUCAGUAUAUAUGUUUUUUUAUGUUUAAUUUUCUCAUUUUCUCAUUGUAAAAGUAUGGUCCAGACACUUGUUUAAGUGUCUGUUUGUUUUGUAUGGCUGGCGCACAUCAGCCACAUAGACUCAGACAGAGGGUUGCAUAGCAGCUCCAAGAGAUUCCUGCACUAUAACUUCUAUUUUUGACAAACCUACUGUCAGGUUGCUGCCCAUUCCCCUUGAAAUCCCCUUUACAGACCCGUCCAUUUUACUGUAUGCAUUUUUAUACAUUAUCUAAACCUUGACGUCCUCUCUAAAUGAGGUGCCUAAUAACUCCGCCCCACCCUUCGAGUCCAGACCAGACCUGGAAACUCUAAGCAGCUGUAGAUGGAGCAUGCAGACCACAGCAGGCCAGUGUUCCCCUGUCCAAACAGGUCUGAAUGUGUCCUUGUAUAUGUGUGUGUGUGUGUGUGUGUGUGUGUGUGUGUGUGUGUGUGUGUGUGUGUGUGUGUGUGUGUGUGUGUGUGUGUGUGUGUGUGUGUGUGUGUGUGUGUGUGUGUGUGUGUGUGUGUGUGUGUCUGUUAGCACAGGCCUGAAUGUCAGCCUUGUCUCUGCAUCUACGCUGUUCACCCUGCUCACAGAGUAGAGGAAAGGUCAGAGUUUCCGCCCCAGCAUGUGAUGAGAAAGCAAGCAGCGUGCUGAGUUUAAGGUUAGAUAUGGAACAUAGUGGGCUUUUCCACCGCACUGAGAAAAAAAAAAAAAAAAUGACAUGUUGACUAUUACUGAUUCAGGUCAGAAGGAAGAAACCAAGUGUCUAUAGGAAAAAAAGUCUAUUUUGUACAAAAAUAGAAGAAAAGACUGGAAGAAUUGUAAUUUCAUUCCUUUUUUAUUGUUGAUGUGUAAAUUAUGUAUAUAUUUGUACAGUUUAAGUUAAUUUAAAAGCCAAAUUUGUUCUGUGCUUUAAAAUGCAUCGAUAGUGUAUUUUUUUUUUUUUGUCGACAGUAUUUUUUACUAUUUUAUUGAGAAGUGUGACAAAAAUGUUACAUGUUUCACUUUGUAGCUGGAAAUAAAAUGUUAUAUUUUUUAUACAAACAUGAGUUCUCCAAUUUGUCUGUCUUUAAGUCCAUGAUAUACACUACUAUGGGAUCUAUUGACCAACGCCUUAAACUAAGCAUACUGAACAGGCACAGGAAUCACAUGUUAGUGAUCUGCAUACUGUAACUAUUACUUGUUCAUGUUUAACUUUAGACAUCUUUGCCAGUGCAUGUAUUAAUUUGUAAUUAACACAAAGAUCACUCUCCCAGAGUGCAGGAAAUCAACCUUGCUCAGUCACUACAUCAAGUCUGCAGCUGAAGUGAACAAAAUUGUGAAAUUAUUUAAUCAGGUGGGAGUUUUCUUUAUGAUAAUAAAUAUUGUUAUAUUCCCACCACAGGAAUAACAUAUGUUGGUUUGUUCUUCCACUUUCCACUUAUGUAACAUUAUUUACUGUAAUGCCUUCUUCAGUAAACACAGACGUUUAAAAAAUGUAUAAGUUCUUAUACAGAAAACAACAUUAAUAAUGCACAGGACUGGUGGCUGUUUACCAAAUUGCUCCUUAUUGAUUUGUUAGCUGAACUGAAAAAGCAUAACAUUGUGAUUUAAAUGUAUUAGUUUAUGCAUUGAUGCAUGUUUUUUCUGUCAUGUUUACAUAAGAAAAUAUGGAUAUAUGAUACUGUAGGUUCUAAAGAACAAAAAUUAAAUGUCUCAAGGUGA